UUCUUUUUGGCUAUUCCGUUGGCCACCUUGCGCGGUGAACGACGCAAUCUGGCGACAUGUGUUUGAGCGCGAAAUCGUUGUGAAUUUUGGUAAGGGUUCUCGGGGGGGAGCGUUUUUGUAUGAAAAUAAAAAUCGUUUCGAUUGGCGUCGAAAGUCGCGGAAGGUGAUCGUUUUCGGUCGGUAAAUUCUCGCGGUUUUAUAUUAAUACCCUCCCCCGAGCUCGGGGGCUGUUUAUACCGCGUUAUUUGCCCUCGGUCGAUCCUUGGAGGGAGCAAAAAUGGCCGAGAAAAACGUCAACGUUCCGGACGAGGAUAACUCCGUUACGAUGCUAGACGUGUUGCAAGAAGAAAAUCAACUCGAAGAAGACGCUUACGCGGUGUUAGGGGCUUCCGACGACAAAAAUUGCACCUACAACAAGGGCUACAUCCGCCAAGCACUUUACGCCUGCAAGACCUGCUGUCCGAAGGAAUCUCCGGUAGGAGUCUGUCUCGCGUGCAGCUUCCAGUGUCACGAGGGACACGAGCUGGUCGAACUGUACACCAAGAGACAUUUUCGCUGCGAUUGUGGCAACUCCAAGUUCGGAGAUAAGAAGUGCGGCCUGGACCCUGCAAAGGCUGACACGAACAGAGAGAAUCGAUACAAUCAGAACUUUGUGGGACUCUAUUGUACUUGCGCAAGGCCUUACCCGGACCCUGAGGACACCAGCGGUGACGAGAUGCUGCAAUGCGUCAUGUGCGAAGACUGGUAUCACUCCAAGCAUCUCGGGUGUGGAGAGAUUUCACCCCCCGAGGACUACGACGAAAUGAUCUGCUCCGGAUGCAUGAAGAAAUAUACAUUCCUCUGGAAAUACGCUUCCAAAUAUUCAGUGAACCGGAAUGGGAAGAACGAGUCGUCCGCCAGUAAGGAGGAGUCCGUAGAUGUAGAAAACAUUCCAGUCGAUUGCAAGAUGCCAAAGGAAGCCAAAUCGCCGAUGACAGGCUCUUGCUUCUGGGCCGAAGGCUGGAGGUCUUCGUUGUGCACCUGCGACAGCUGUAAAAAAAUGUACGAGGAAAGUAAAAUCACAUUUUUACUUGACCCGUUGGACAGCGUCCAGGUCUACGAGGAGGCUGGAAAGGCCAGGCAGACCGAUUCUCAGUACGAGAGGGGCAUGAAGGCGCUGGCAUCCCUGGGUCACGUCGAGCAGCUCACGGCGAUCGAAGAAUACAAUCACAUGAAGGAACGGUUAAAGGAAUACCUCCAGAAGUUUGCGGAGAACAAAAAAAUUGUUCGCGAGGAGGAUAUCAAGGAAUUUUUCUCCGGUAUGGAGGCAAAAAAACGCCAGAAGGUCGUCGUGCCGACGUUCUGUCGCUGAAUUGAAAUUAACAAUGAAUUUUAAAAAGACAAAAGUAAUACAAAUCAAACAUUCAAUAAUUCGUAUACACGUAUACAAAUAUAUAUAUAUAUAUAUAUAUCUUUUAAUCUAUUUUGUCGCACGAUAAUGUUAGGGCUUUAUAAUACCCGCGUAUAAUAUUUUAUGUGGUAGAUAUACAAUACUUUUACUUUCCGUAUCGAUGCAGUCAGGAAUAUUUAACCCUACGAAAUUUUACCCCCCACAUUUUAUCCGUGGAAAGUGAUUAUUGUGGAAAGUAAGGUUUAGCGAUGAAUUUUUAUACUUAUUUUUAUUUCUUACCCUUUCGAUAAGAAAACAUAACGCGAACAGGAAAUAAGGUGAAAUAUAUUUAUUUAAUCAGUGUACAUUAAUUCUUAGUAUUUUUAUUCAAUAUACCUGGCUAACCGAAGAGGAA